AUUAGACCACUGACACCCACCACCACUAUAUGCGAGGAAUGUGAGGUUGAACUGGGUCUAUCGCAUGCCAAGUGGAGUUUGCAUGGAUCCUUUUCGGGAAGCCAAGUGUCACCAGCUAUUCCCCCCUACUACCCAUUUCACCACCUGGUCACAAUUUUGAUUUCAGUCGACAUAACCCUCCGAUCUUCCGCAGAGCAAUCGAGUUUGUACAUUGAUGUCCUGUGAGCCUUAGGUCUGAAUUAGGGUGGCUUCCACGUUCGGAGUGAGUGAUUCUUGCAUUCAAGGAGUUGCUGAGGAUUAUUGGAGCUGCUUAGCGUGGCACUCCUGCAAUUUUGAUUUUCUUAGUAGAAGAGAGCUUGUGUUGCAUUCAGACGCAGCGUCAGUUUUCGAAGUUCUUGAAGAUACUAGAAACAUGGAGCAGGAUGGCCAAGCACAUGAAGGUCAGCCUCAGCAAGCACAGCAUGAUCAGCAAGGAGGAGUGGGUUCAAAUCCUCAGCAAAACCCGCAGGAACAGGCAAAGGUUGCUUCUCAAGAAGCAGUAGUAGCGCAACAAGAAGCCCAGGAGGCCAUCAAACGGGCGUACGUCAAGCAGAUGGCAGCGCAGGAGAAGGCAGAGCGCGCGUCUCAACAGGUUGUUACUGAACAGGAGACGGCUAAAAAAGUUGCAACUGAAGCAGCCUCUGAAGCAGCUGAGAAAGCUGCAAACGAACAGCGGGAAAGAGGGGCGAAAGAGGCGCAUGAUAUGUCAAUUGCAAAUUUGGCUGCCCAGAGUGCGUUGGCAUCUUUGUCUGCUAGUCAAUCUGCUAACCAGCAAAGACCAGUCAAUCCCGGGUAUCAGUCGGGGUUCGUUGCAUAUUCUUCACGUGAUCAGAAUUCUGCCUCUGCAACUCAAGGCCAAGGAGGUAAUCUAGCAAGGGCAGUCGCCUCAACCAAGCUCAGACAGCGAUUCCUUGCAAUCGGCCCAGCGUUGUCAACAAAUGUUACUGCAAGGUGCAAAUCAGAUGGCGCAACAUGCAACCGCCCAAAUGGCAGCUGCUCAGAACCUCGCUGCCGGUUCACCAGAUCCUCAAUACCAGCAGGUGGCAAGGCAGCAAGCAACGGCUGCUCAGGACGAAAUGGAGUUUGCUUACAAGAUUGCAGCUGCUGCUCAAGCUCCAGACACUGCGGUGCAAGCCGCUGCUGCCUUACCCAAUCUCUUCAACGCAGCAUAAACGAACUUUUCAAGGACAUGUGUGCCGACAGGUGCAGAUUGCUGGAGCAUUUCCCCAUUUUGUACAGUCCUUGACGUGAGCCUUGUGGUCCUCUCACAACUCUCUGCAGGUAGAUUGCUCUAUCUCUCAUGUCACCUUAUUAGCCUUUCGAUGUGAAAAAUGCAUUGGAAUUCCUGAUUAUCUGGUGUGACCCCAUGUUAACACCAUUGAAUGGGAUCUCUAAUUGUUGACACAGCUAUGGAAUGAGAGUACUGUUGAUCCUGUCAAAUGCUGUAUAAAAUUCGUCAAUGAUCGUUGCAUUCUCGAGACACAUCUCAUACAGUUUUGAUGUUAUCAGAACAGUUGAUGCUCCGUAAAGACUCGCAUCAUUUCUUAUGUUCUUCACUUAGAUGUGUAUUUUUAUUUGACUGUGUUGUACAAUAUAAAAUGUUAUGUUGUAAAAGUAUGGAUUAACAUCA